AUGAAAGCGAGUGAGCGAAGACAGCCGCCAUUGGCAGCUGGGAAAGAUGCUGAAAAAGAUUCUUUGUGCAAAUUAUUCGAGCAAAAAAUUAACUUCGGUCAUCAGCACAUGAAAACUUCCAAACCUAAAUUGACCGCAAACAACAUUGAUAUUAAGCAAGGAGAUGAAUCGUCUUCUGCUGCUUAUUAUCAACCGAAUGCUGCCAUUUGUGCUGAAAGAAAAUCGUCGAUCAGUGAUUUACCCGCAUUUGAUACUGAGGAUCAGUCGGCAGUCACAGAAUUGCAACAGGAUGGUGUGAAUUUGAGAUAUGAAUAUGAGAUUAUUCUAAUCGCAGAAAUGGCUUCAAUGGGUCUUCCAAUGGAAUUCUCGAAGCCUCCAAGUGCUGAGAAGAAGAAGAAAGGUAAACGUAAACGAAAGAAAGCAGCCACCGAAUGCGUUAAUACUAGUGACAAUUGGAUGAUUGGACUGGACUUUGAGAACUAUUGGAGUUUAACUGGAACUCAAAUGGAUGAGAAAGUGAGGGAGGAACAAAUGGCGAGAACAUUGGAAUGUAAGCCGAACAAUUUGCUGGAAUGUCAUCGUAGCUUAAAGGAUUAUACGAAUAUUGUCUACUCGAAAGAGCCAACAAAAGAAUUCACAACAUGGGAGGAAUUAUACCAACGACAUUGUGAACUUGUGAAGGCGAAAACCAAAGAAGAUUUCGAGCGAUUACAACAACAGAGUGCAUUGAGCCGUUGUAAACAAUUCAUCGAAACGAUAACAGCUCUGAAAUUUGUUCCUGGUUAUGAGAUGGUUAAUGAGUCAGAAGCGAACUGUUGUGAUAACAGCACGAAAAUGUCAAAUGAUCCAGCGAUUAAAAUGUCACGCUCUAGUGGUGUGGUGGUUGAAGAUGCUCCAAUAAGUGGUGAUGAAAAGGAGCAAGUGCAGCCAACGAGGAAGAAGAAAUUACUGGAAAGGAGUUUAGUUAGUUAUGGCGAUAUGGAGAUGUUCGAUGAUGUUUAUGCGGAUUUCUAUGCUGAACCCUCGUAUUCAUCGAAUCAGCAGAAACCGACUGUCCACACUUCUAAGGCAUCAUUCAGUGAAGCAAAUGCUCAUCAACCGUUCUCGAGCAAUGACGAUGAGAUGAUUGAAAACGAUCGAAAAGAUGAUCAUCAAGAUGGAGAGGAUGACGAAGAGCGGUUGCUAUCGAUGGACGAGAAGUUGAAGUUCGAUUUCGGUUUUGAUGAGAAACGUGACGCGCAUUUGAUUGCCAAGAACUGUUUCAGUGUAUUUGCGAAUGAUCGGGUGAUUUAUUAA